AUGGCGACCUUCGUGCCCGACGAGUUGAUAUACGAGAGCGACCUGUUCAAGAAGAACUUCCGCAAGUUCCUCUCGGUGAUGGGGUUGAUCAGCACGACGCAGUUCUUCAACCUGUAUAGAAGGUACAACAGCGCUGAGAAUGGCGGUAGCUUCGCUCUGCUGUCUGCGCUGAACGACUACAUGGAAGUUAUCAUAGAGGAAGUGUACACGUCUCACGGGGACCUGUUGAAGUUCUCUCACGACAACUUGCUGGUCAUGUGGAAGAUAAACAGGGACGAGUUCGUGUCGAAAAUGGUGCACCACGUGAUUCUAUGCGCGCAACGGAUCCAGAUAGCCGUUGCCAGUCUGCAGAACGACCAGUCCGCCUCUAAAGUGAACGUGGUGCUGUCCGCGGGAAGAGUGACGUUUUCCGUGAUCGGCGACGACAGGGCGCGACACUUCGUAAUUGCGGGCAAACCGAUCGAGGAGCUCAAGUAUGCCAGGCGAAUCUGUUUACCCGGCGAUCUCGUGUUGUCCUCUAGCGCCUGGGAUCACUGUGCUCCCAGCCAGUACGAAUACGUGAUCAAAGACUCGAACAACGUCAAGAUCAUCAAAGUGCUUGGUCCACCGUCCGAACCUGUGAGAAGGAGCACCAUCUCGAUCGCGGAGACUCCGUCAAACAGCCAACACGCGGUCGCUUACACGCCGUCCGAAAUGUCCAUAUCGUCCGACAUAUCCAUAGAUGCUGAGAUCAACGUCGUUCACUUCCAGACUAGGGUCUCGGUAGUCGACGCACUGCGAAGACGCAUCGGCGAGAACCUGAAGAGUUACAUGUUGAAGCCCGUCAUGCAGCAGGUCCAGAGCGAGGAACCGAUGAGGUAUCUGACGGAAGUGAGACACAUCACGGUGGUUUGCGUGAGCGUAGUUGCAACUGAGUGCACCGUGUACGAGCUGAUUUCUCUGAUAGACGAGCUGUUCAAAAUUGUCCAGAAUGUCAUGGAAAAGUACCUUGGGUGCCCGUGCUUGGUGAAUCUGUACGAGAAGGAUAUCUCGUUUUACAUCGUAUUCGGAGCUAGAGGCUACGACAGCGAGGCAGGUGACGAGAAUUUUGCAAAGAACGGACUGCUCACCGCGUCAUCCAUAAUGAGGAAAACGAAAGUCGUUGCUGGUGUUAAAACCGUUCUCAUCGGUGUCGCGACUGGUCUGGCAUUCUGCGGAGUGGUCGGUCACCUAGUCAGGAGGCAGUACAUGAUCUUCGGCACGCCGAUCGACAAGGCGAUUUCCUUGAUGAUGAUUUCAUUUGACAAGAUAUCCUGCGACUACGACACGCUUUACAACAGUUCUUUGCCUAAGGAAAAAUUCCGUUCGCGAGGCUUGAAGAUACUGAGGAGAUUCGGGAAAUGUCACAUCUACGAAUUCACGGACACGUACUCGAUAAUCGAAGCACCAUCGAACUUGGAAUACUCCUAUCCCAUACUCGGCUGCUACAGCGAAGUGGAGUACUUCAAGGAUAUAUUGGACGACAUCGGGGUGUCAGGACGGAUCUAUUCCGGCCUUCUUAUCGAGGGUAGCGAACGGUCCGGCAAGUCCAGGCUUCUCGACGCUUACGUCACGAUCGUUCGAAACAGGCAGAUAAAGCUCGUUCAGCUUUCUUUGCACUCGUCCCACAUGGAAAAGUCUUAUUCCGUACUGUACCACAUGUUUCUUCAACUCUUCGAUGCCGAGGAUUGCACGUCCAUCGAGGAUCGCGAAAGGGUUUUGCUAUACACGCUGUCCGAAGUGCUGCAGCCUGAGAAUUUCUGCUACCUGAACACUAUCAUGAGGGUACAGUUUCCGGUUUCGGAGGAGUAUUGCGAGGAUAGCGAUUGGCAGCGUCACAAAAAGACCAUCGAGAUCUUCGAGGAGAUAUUAAACGAGGUGAUCGGCCGCGUGUGCAUCCUGCUGGACGACGCGCAAUACAUGGAUCUGCUUUCCUGGCAGUUUCUGUCUUCGGCUCUGAAUAACAACCACGUGGUCCUAGUGAUGACAAUGAUGGAGCCAGUUUCCUGGGACAAUUUGACCCAAGUCGAAGCUGGCAUCUGCCAAGAUAAGAGGCUGAUGAACAGGACGCUGAACGGUUUGGAGUCUAAAUACUUGGCAGCUUUUGCCUGCCAAUUUCUCAACGUUAUCGCGAUCCCUAACGCUCUCGAGAAGAUCCUUCAACAACGCAGUAAAAAUGCGAUCGGCUGGUGCGAAGCGUUCCUCAUGUCAGCGUUACAAGUUGACGCCAUGGAGGUUGUCACGAUAUCGCCGAUGGAAGCGGUUCAUUACGAUCUCGUUUUCCCGGAUCAGUACCUGCUGUCAAAGAUUCCCGCGUAUUUGACACCCGAGGAGCUGGCACCGCCGUUGCAUUGGUCCCAAAUGAGCGCAUUGAACGUUUGCAUACCCUCUGCUAAGCAGAAAGCUUUCGUCGAUCCUAAUCGCGACGUUAUAGGUCUAAGGAUAGAUAUCUACAACAGGAUGAACUCUUACGAACAAGAUUUCAUCAAGUGUGCAGCUAGCUUGGGCAGCAUCUUCUUCCGUAGCAUGAUGGACAGCGCGAUGGUGAAUGCCACGCCGAUCUACACGUCGAGAGGAAAGUAUGAUUUAUCCAAGCGAAAUUUCCCUGAAAUUCAAUGUACCUCUCUUGUCUACACUGCAGCAGUGGCAGAGAUGAUAAGAUUUCGGAUUUUGGAAUGCGCUAUGAUUCAGAGGAAAUACUACCACUCGGAUGAUUCAGUGAUGUACGUGCUGAAGAAGCGAAAGACCUUCAGCAACAUGCAUCAUUUGGUCACUUGCGACUGUCAACCGAUCCGCCUAUUUCCCAAGAAGACCUUGCCUCCUUACGCUUACUGCAAAGUGCUGCAGUUCACGAUAUACUCUUACCGUAAGCUCUUCUACGAAAUACUCUCGCCACACGAGAAGAGGGAUUAUCACACGAAGGCUAUAGGCAUCUUCGAGAAGGACGCUCGAAAGUGCUCCACCUGUGGCAGUGGCGAAUUCCUGUUAAUUACCUCGGAAGAAGAAACCGUGGAAAAUAGCGAGGAACAGUUGGCGAAUAAUACGAAGAAUACGAGGAGAAGAACCACGUUCCACAGUCGCCAUGACAGAUUCGAUUUUAGACGAAGCAUCUUCGUCGACAGCAACGAGUUCGAUAAGAGACGGGACACUAUGAAUAUUCGCAGGAUUUCCAUCCUGCCUGUCCACGUAGACAGUAACAGCGAUGAGUCUUCAAACGGUGUCAGAGAAGCGACCAGGGAUGACUCUGUGAGUGAUACUACGAAAAGAGUCAAACGAUCUGCCACCAUUUUGGACAUAUUAAUCGACGAGUCAUGGGAGACUCGUUUAAGGGAACUCAGUUACGUGGACUAUCGCAAUUGCAGGUGCAUGGAGGUGGUCAGUUUCCUGUUUUGGAUGCUGCACUAUCACAUUGUACAAAUCAAGGACGCUGAGAAGUACGCGAAGUUCACGAUGGAGUAUGCCGCAGGUUUGAUCCAAACUGGACAGCCUCUCUACGCGACCAAAUUCCUCGUGUCUGCGUCCGAUCCCUACAGCAACAAGAGCAAGGAACAGCUGAACAUUGACAUCUCGGAUUCGACUUUCGACAAAGGGAGGAGUCUAAUUCUGAUGGGUGACGCUUAUAUCGCGUAUGGGAAUUAUUCCCAAGCGAAGAAGUUUUAUACCGAAGCUGUGGUGUUGAGAAGCGAGCUGCCACAAGGGUCCCAAGCGAUUUGCUACAAUAUUCUGCUCGAGGAGAUACUGUACAAAUUACGAGGCGUUCCCCAGUACACCAAGGGUGCGAAAUCUCAGGAGAAAGCUGCAGAGAAGACAGAGCUGGCUAUCUCCUUGCAACGACUGUCUAUGGUCUCCAUGUUGCAGAACGAAACGAAGAUGGCUAAACUGGUCAUCUUGCAGAGCAUACGUAUCAUUUUCGAGAAGAUCAUCGUGCUGGUGCAGAUUUAUCAAACGAUAUACGAGAGCAGGGUACUGAGGGGGAAGCUGAAAGAAGGUAUCGACGUUGGGAUAAAUAUCUGCAAGAUGUGCAAUUACGUUCACUUGAACAACACGAAGCUGGUGGUUCUACCGUCCCUGAUAGAAAUUAUGGUCUGGACGAAGCAGAUAAACGCAGCAGUCGACUUGCUGUGCGAAUUGUACUACCUCUCCAAAGAGGAUAUAGAUUAUUCUUCCAUCACUUGGUAUUACGCCCUCUGCAUGGAACUUCAGCUGGACGCUGCCAUGAUCUUGGAGAGUUACGAGACGUGUCACGACUUCUACACCAACGUUAUCGCUUUCAGGUCCAAAACUUGCGUUCUACGCGAUCCGGAGAGCCGGUUGCGGCUGACCACUUGCCUAGUCAUCUGGCAACUGAGAAUGAACGUUAAAGUGACCGACGCAUUCGUGAAAGACAUCGACGAGUAUCUGAGGAACACUACGUGCGAUAGCUUCGAGCAAAUAUGCAACUACAUCAAGGGUCUCGAGUGCUAUUUGUUGUUAAUCCAGCGUCGAAUUACAAUCCGGAAAUCGCACGAUCUGUUCGAUCGAAUAGAGAAGUCGAAAUCGGUCAUCAAGCUUCUUCACGGCAUGGCAGCCAAGCAGCCGUUUAUCAAGCCAUUUCUGUACCUCUUCCAAGCUUACAUCGAACUCCUGCGUGGCCGGAAGUCAGCAUCUGCCAGUAAUAUUUUAAAGUCGAACAAAUUCGCCGUCUCGCAAGAGAACUGUAUGCUACAGGCUUGGAUCGAGCAGAACAAAAGGACCUGGGAAGAGGCUAGCUACAACAACAUGGCGCAGUACUGGGUGGAACACGUGGGUGUCGCGGAUGGAGUUCGAUGGCAGGAGAUCGAGUCGUUCAGUUUGAGCGUUUGGUCCACUAUUCUGUUCCCUCUUCCGUUUCCGAUGUCUACGUUCUAACAGUCGACUUAUCCCGGUAAGCGAGGA